CGGAUUCCCCUGCAACUAUGUCAGCUAAGCCCCCCCAAUUGCAGUCGAAAAAUUCCCCCUCUUGUAUCCAAGCCUUCACCUCACCAGUGACCACACUUGCACGCCUAUAAAACCUCCAUUUUUUUCCAUUUCUUAACCGCUCCUUCGACGAACAACAUUCACAAUGGCUGGUCGAACCUCACCAUAUUACUACUGUGUCUUCAACGGAUGGAUCCCCGGGAUAUACACAUCCUUAGAAGAACUUAUUGAGCAGAUUACUGAGUUCGACGACUGUUGCUGGGAAAAAUACCACACAUUGGCCCAGGCGGAGCAGGCGUGGCUUUCUUUCUUUGGCGGUGGAGACCCGGAAGAGGGCAAGAGACGCAUACAACUUGGGGAAGCACCGGAUGCCGUUGAGACCGAUGACUAUCGCGACAAGCAGCGACUUGCCUUGAGAGCCUUGCAUGCAAGGUUCCACCGGUUUCAAUACGACUUAGCAAAUAUCCCAGAAAGUCGUGAUCUAGUUCCGCAGACUCCGCCGAAUGAGCCGUUGCUUCAACAAAGCAUGAGAUCCUACCUAGCCAUGGCUUGCGAGAAGAUGGACAUUCCUGGCCCCAUAUAUAGGAUCCUCAACCAAAGAUACCCUGAUGGUCGUACUUGCUAUCGACAUCUCGUUUCCGUCGUCCCUCCUUCAUCAUUUGAAGCCCUGGUAGUUGUCGGACGUAUAGCUUUCAACCCGACCCUCUCCAUCGAGGACGCUGCUCGGCUAUGCAUCCGAGAGAUCUGUAAGAAGGAAGAUUGCUACGUCCUAGACUACAAUUAUGAUCUGGUGGGCAUGUGGAAACAGAAAUACAUUCAACUCUGCAAAGAAACUAGCACCCUCAAGGCCAGGCUCAAAGACGUCACUGACUCAAAGGUUGCGCUGCAAGAGAGGAUCUUCACCAUUGACGGCCUCCGCCAUGGCAGGUGUGGUGGUCAACCUUCCAAUCGCUGAGGCUGGCGACGAAGGUACCUGCCAUGUAACACCCCUGCCUGCCAUCCGUCUCUUCCCACCACCACCUUAAAAGCAACUGCUCUACUUCAAUGAAAACCAAAGUCUAAAUCCUCCAUCUUUUCUACUUUUUCUUUUUAGCUUUUUAUCCUCUGUUCGGCUAGCCCACCAUCCGUCAACUACAACCUUAUGCUUUUAUUGUCUACAGAUUAUCUUACUACUACAAUGCAAGUCAUUGCAACUUAUAAUGAUCCCAGCAUUAUGUAGAUGUCUAA